GCUGCGCGGCCGAGCUGCCUGCCGAAGGCCUGACGGGCGGCUUCGGCUCGGCUCGGCCGCGAGAUGUCGGUGGCCUUCGUGCCCGAGCGGCUGAGGGGGAAGGCGGAAGUCAAUCAGGAGACCAUCCAGCGGCUGCUGGAGGAAAAUGACCAGCUGAUCCGGUGCAUCGUGGAGUACCAGAACAAGGGGCGAGCGGCAGAGUGCACCCAAUACCAGCAUGUGCUGCACAGGAAUCUCAUUUACCUCGCAACCAUCGCAGACGCCAGCCCCGCAAAUACUCAGAAAACAGGAGACUGACUUCUGCAAGUUGGUGGUGUUCCCCAGAGCCAUGGUGCUCCUGCCCCUGCUGAAUUUCAGAAUUUCCACCUAAAGAAGGCAUCGUUUACGGAAGUUUGGUCCUAUUAGUAAGGAACAGACGUUACCUGGAUUCUUCACGUGAAAUUUAAAUGGAGUAUAAGGAACGUACACAAAUUCCAUUUUUCUGCAGUGUACAUCUCUUGAAAUUAAGAUAGUGAGGCUCUUUCCAAGUUUGCUAUUCUUUUUGGCAUUUGUAGGAAGAGGACAGCUUGAGGCACCUGGAAUGUCUUUAUUGAGGUUAAAAUACGUAAAAACUUGUAAAAUUGGCUUAUGUUUUUUUUCUUUUGGUUAAGUAAAACUGGCUUUGGCUUCCCUGACACUAGUCCACUUAGUUCACCUAUCCAAUCAGUGGUAUUUAAAACUUGUAAAAUUGGCUUAUGUGUUUUUCUUUCGGUUAAGUAAAACUGGCUUUGGCUUCCCUGACACUAGUCCACUUAGUUCACCUAUCCAAUCAGUGGUAUUUAAAACUUGUAAAAUUGGCUUAUGUUUUUUUCUUUCGGUUAAGUAAAACUGGCUUUGGCUUCCCUGA